CCCUUCUAUAUAUUUCCACCAUCCCAAUUCAGAUCUCCAUUCACAAUUUCUUGCUCAAAUUCAUCUCUUCAAUCCAAUACCCAUUUGCGAAAUCCCUUUCUCUCUCUCUCUAAAACCAUGUUUUCAGCCACAGAUUCGGCGCUUUCUCUCUCCCCUGCUUCAGUUUCACCCCAUUUCUUGGGCUUGAGCUUGUCAUCUUCGUCUCCUUUCUCUUCUGUGAGUAUUUCCCCGAAAAGGCGAUAUGGGUUCGCGGUAUCGGCUGUGAUGGGUCAGCCGCUGACGGGGGUGGUGUUCCAGCCAUUUGAGGAGGUUAAGAAAGAGGAGCUGAUGGUGCCGAUCUCUCCCCAGAUUUCGCUUGCUCGGCAGAGGUUUGCGGAGGAUUGUGAAGCUGCAAUCAACGAGCAGAUCAAUGUGGAAUACAAUGUGUCUUACGUGUACCAUGCCAUGUACGCAUACUUCGACAGGGACAACGUUGCUCUUAAGGGACUUGCCAAAUUUUUCAAGGAGUCAAGUGAAGAAGAAAGGGAACAUGCUGAGAAGUUUAUGAAAUACCAGAACAUACGCGGAGGAAGAGUGAAACUACACUCCAUAUUGACGGCCCCUUCUGAAUUCGAUCACGUUGAGAAGGGUGAUGCAUUGUAUGCAAUGGAGCUAGCAUUGUCCUUGGAGAAGUUAACUAAUGAGAAGCUUCUGAACCUGCACAGUGUGGCUGAUCAAAACAAUGAUCCUCAAAUGACCGAGUUCAUUGAGAGUGAAUUUUUAUCUGAGCAGGUUGAAGCAAUUAAGAAAAUUGCAGACUACGUCACUCAGUUGAGACUGGUUGGGAAAGGACAUGGGGUGUGGCACUUCGAUCAGAGGCUUCUCCAUGAGGGUGGUGAUGUAUUUUGAAGAUUCUACGUAGUUCUCUUUCUUUGCCUAGAGUCUGUAAUCUUUCUUGUCGUAGGGUUAUGUACCAAUGUUUAGUUGUCGUUGCAAAUCAGCUUGAACCCAGAUUGAAUAAACUUUGUUUUGUGGAGGCGUAUAAUAAAAUCCAAAAUCUUAGCA